GCUAAGAUGCUUCUAACCCCAGAUCUAACCCAGUUCCUUCCAACUCCAGAAAGCCACUCGUAUUCUCAGAUUCUGAUGGCACUUACACCAGAGAGAAAUUCUCUGCCGGAUGUUAUGAACAGUAGACGCUCAGAGGAGCCGUUCUCGAACACAGAAACAGAGGAAAUGUUUAAAACAAAUGAAGUGACUGAAGAAGCAGAUGGCUUGGUAACCAUCCUGACACUGCUGGAUUCUCAGUCCAGCCCACUGCUGAGUGAAUCACGCCAGAGAAGUGUUUUGCAGUCAGAUGAUGUCCUUCUGAAUGGCCAUGCAGUUGUGACUGAUGUCUGUGGCUCUGGUAACUACACUGUACAGAUGAGCCUGCGCCCUGCCACAGAAGCAAGCUCUGAGGUCCAUGGACCAUUUCCUUCCCAAGAGACUUACCUGGUUUUAAUCACGCUGCAGAGUAACAGCAGCCACCCUGUGCUACAAAUACAGUCAUGCUGUGUGACCCCUAUGAGCAGGCCAGAGGGACCAGAUGCCACAUGCUGUCUGUUCCACAGGUUGCCAUCUGAAUGCAGACACAUCCAGUUACUGCAGAGCAGCCAGUCCAAAGAUGCUAGCUUCACUGUCCAGCUGUUCCAGAUGCUGAAUCACUCAGUGGCCUAUUUGCACUGUGAACUUAAUGUCUGUCUGCGUGGCAAAACAGGGUGUGAACAGGACUGCUUUGAAAGUGUGGAGAUGCUUCCCCCACCAACUAAUAGGAACAGCUAUGGAAACCUGCACAACCUGAUCUCAUUUGGUCCAAUUUUGAGAAUGAAAAACAGGUUUCUAUAUAAACCUGUGGAAGGUCCUGAUUCUGCUAUGCUGGUACCCAUUCUGCUGGGAUCCCUUACUGGUUUUGCUGUCCUGGGUGGUGUUUUCCUCAGCCUCUGGCUGCAUCACAGACAGAGCACUAAAAACCUUCAUUAUCCACCACUUGGAGAAAUCCAAGGCCUGUGAACUAUCAGGCAGAUGCAGCUGCCAUCUCCUGCAGGUUGCACGCCACUACUACACUGAUCAGAAAAGCAGUUGAUUUUGCUUUGCACACUGUGUUGCUUUUGUAGAGCUUCUGCUGACCUAUGGAUCAAGGGACCCAAUUUCUGCUUUCAGCCCAUCUCUCCCUUCUUUCCUUCUGCAGAAGACAGUCCAAACACUGCAGAGUAGAAAGAGGGCUGUAGUAGGGCUACAGCU